AUGGACGACCAGGUGGGGACCAAUGAACAGUGUUCGAAACCGCCCAACGGAAUAUCAAACGGCGAUCUAUUGAGGCGAGGAGCCCAGACGAGGGAAGACCAGUAUAGUCAUUGGCAUAUGUGCUUCCCAAUAUUUGAGUCAGGGGAGACCAACCCAUCCAACUUACUUCGAAGCCGAUCAUCAUCGCCGAGCCCGCAUCUCCUAUUACCUUUCGAUAUCAGUCACUCCAGCCCAGACAGUCAGUACACAGCCGAAGACGUUCGCUCUCAUAAUGGUAGUGACACUACCCUUGAGUUGCUCCACCCUGUCCCGAGACAAAGUCCGUACACCUUGACCAGCUACUUCGCCUCUGAGAAAUUCCCAGAGACGGCCCCGGUGUUUGGCACGGUAGGGAGCCAAGUCGAUGAACGCAUGUGCGAGAAUAGCAGUCAUCUGAUGCGAGGUUCUGGCUGGACAAACACCGACCUGCCCUACCCAUGUUCUCUCCAGGACCCAAAGUCUUCCGGCACAACGUCCGCACCCGGGGUGACGGAUGCUUAUGCCUCAAAAACAGUGGACAGCACAUACUCUAAUCCCUUGAUGCCAUCAUGGACUUCCCUCAAGCCUCAAGUGCCCUGGGAUGUGCAACGACACAAUGCCAGUCAGGAUGAAGAGAGUGUUGAGUGGAAUCCCACGCGCAUUCAGGGGAGCCUCGUCCAGCAGAAUGAUCAACUCAAUCAAAUCCCUUCCCCAUCUGACGAUGCAAAUGGCCUCCCAUGGAUAGGAAAUAUGCCCCCGACUUAUAUCCAACCUUCAUCACUUCUAGAUCCGUUCAGCUCGACCUGCCCCAGUUCUCGGUACUCGACUGACAGCUCCAACACAUUUUUCGAGAACAACAACCUUCAAUGUUUCGAUGAUAGUCUUGCUUUCCAGAGCGGUCCACGACCGAACGAAAUACCAGGUGCCCUUCUCGAGAGCCAUGGAUAUUCACCAUAUCAGUCAUGCGCUCCAAAUCGAAGAGUCCCCUGGACGAGUGAUGCCAGAAACGCAUUACUAAUAGAUUACAAGCGUCGGGGCUUGUCCUACAAGGACAUCAAGCGGAUCGGCGGAUUCAAAGAAGCCGAGUCAACGCUCCGUGGCAGGUUCCGAACAUUAACCAAGUCCAAAGAGCAGCGUGUGCGAAAGCCUCAGUGGCAGGAGAAUGAUAUCAGACUCUUAUGUGAAGCUGUCGAAGCGUGCUCGGACUCUCGCAAGCAUAGCCCCUGCAUCUCCACAUGCAGGUCGAGGCGAUCGGGUUCUGCACCCAAGGUGUCAUGGAAGAAGGUUGCCCAGUACAUAUGGGCUCACGGAGGCUCGUACCACUUUGGUAAUGCCACAUGCAAGAAGAAGUGGUGUGAAGUGCAGCAAAAGAGGUGA